AUGCCAGUUUUGAAUAUCUUUGUCGCUCAUCCUCCAACAUCAAGCUACGAAGAGGAAGAAGUCGAAGAUUUCUAUAUGGACCAGGAGAAGUUCUACAGAGAAGCCUUCUACAAUGUCAUAAUUGGCGAUUUCAACGCCAAAAUUGGCCCUACAAGAACGCCUGAAGAAGUUCACAUCACAACUCGCUGCCUUCAAUGGAAUGAACAGGAAGAGAAGCUUUCCGAGUUUACCAUGACGACUAAAAGCAUUUAUAAAACGUAG